GUCCCCCGCCGCCAGCCUGGAGCGCGCUGCCGGGGCUGCGGGGCCCUCGGCGCGGCCCUCGGCGGGGUCGGGGCGCGGCCGCGGACACCGGCCAGGACGCCGACGGGCCGGCGGGCUCCCCGACGGGCUCCCCGCAAGGCUGUGCGGGAUGCUGGCCGCGCUUCUCGCCACCGUCGCAUGCUGCUCUGUCUGCGCUUUGGCUUCCGAGUUCGCAGCCAUUGACCUCCUGGAGUCGCUCCAGCUCCGCAAUACCAGUCGCCCUGGAGUGAGCCUGGCCAGCGGGCCGCAGCGCCACCGACCCGCGUACUACCUGCAGGGAGACUACCGCGACCUGAGGCUGCCGCCGAACGAGUACCAGAAGGCGGUGCAGCUGCUCAGGGACAACACCGAGUUCACCCUGGCCGCGCUGCUUCGCCAGGAGGAGGCCAACUCGGGCACCAUCAUCUCCUUCUCGCACGGCUUCAAUAGGUACCUGGAACUGCAGUCCAGCGGUCGCAAGGACGAAAUCCGCCUGCACUACUCCAUGCCGGACGUGGACGGUGCUGGCGAGGGGGCGGGCUCCGCUGGCGGGGCCACCCCCGGGGGCGGCGCGGCGGCGGCCGGGGGCGGCCCCGUGCACGUCGAGACGUUCCCCUACCGGCUGGCGGACGGCGCGUGGCACUCGCUCGCCCUGUCCGUCUCGGGCGCGCAGCUGCAGCUGCUCGUCGACUGCCACCCGCUGUACCGGCGGCUGCUGCUCGCGCCGCCCGACACCUCCUUCAGCCGGCCGCAGCUGCAGCUGUGGGUGGGCCAGCGCAACAACAAGCACUCCCUCUUCAAGGGUGCGCUCCAGGACGUGCGCAUCAUCCCCGGGCCACACGGGUACCUCCACCAGUGCCCGCAGCUGGACACCAGCUGUCCCACCUGCGGCCAGUUCAGCCAGCUGCAGAGCGAGGUGGAACAGCUGACGCGCCGGCUGUCGCAGCUCAGCGAGCGGCUGGCGGCCGCCGAGGUGAGGGUGGCGCGGACCGAGGAGUGCGACUGCCAGAAGAGCUGCAGGAUCAACGGGUCGGUGCACGCGGACGGCGCCACCUGGCAGAAGGGCUGCGACGUCUGCGCUUGCGUGCAAGGAGAGGUCCAGUGCAGGCCACUGCAGUGCCCGCUCGUGGCGUGCAAGAACCCCGUCAUCAACCCGGGGGAGUGCUGCCCCAGCUGUUUGAAGCAAUGCUUCCUGCGCGGGGUGCUGUACGACCACGGCGAGUCGGUGAACCUGAAGCAGUGCGUGGAGUGCGAGUGUCGCGACGGCUCCAUGCACUGCAAGCGCAUCGACCCGGACACCAUGUGCCCGGCGCUCGCGUGCCCGGCCGCGCAGCAGUUCAGCGUGCCGGGCGAGUGCUGCAAGUUCUGCCCGGGCGUCGACUACUGCGCCAAGGGCCACACCUGCCACCGCAACGCCACGUGCCUCAACCUCCAGACCACCUACGCGUGCCACUGCGACGCGGGCUUCACCGGCGACGGCCACAGCUGCAGAGACGUGGACGAAUGCCAGUCCGAGGGCGGGCUGGAGGGCCACCACUGCCACAGCAACACGCGCUGCGUGAACACGCCCGGCUCGUACGUGUGCCAGUGCGUGGACGGCUAUCGUCGCGUCGACAAGUUCAACUGCGCCGAGGUGGACGAGUGCUCGACGGGCAGCCACCGCUGCCACCAGGACGCCACCUGCCGGAACACGGCGGGCAGCUACCACUGCCAGUGCGCCGAGGGCUACGCCGGCGACGGCUUCAACUGCCAGCCCGUCUGCAACCAGACGUGCCUGAACGGCGGCUCGUGCGUGGCGCCGGGCACGUGCCAGUGUCGCCGCGGCUACGAGGGCGCCUCUUGCGAGCUGGACCUGGACGAGUGCGCCGAGGGCCGACACCGCUGCCCGUCCAGCGCCGCGCACUGCGUCAACAUGCCGGGCUGGUACUACUGCCGCUGCCGCCCGGGCUUCAGGACGGCCUUCACGGAGCCCGAGCGCGCCGACCGGGGCGCCAUCUGCAUGGAUGUGGACGAGUGUCUGGAGGGCAGCCACACGUGCCACCCUUCGGCGAGGUGCGUCAACACGGAGGGAGGCUUCGCCUGCGAGUGCGCGCCCGGCGACCCGGACUGCAAGCUCAGCUGCGUGGCCGGCGAGCUGGAGGUGCCGGACGGCGGCGAGGCCGUGCCCCCAGGCCGGCCGUGCGAGCGCUGCUCGUGCUCCGAGGGGGUCCUGUCCUGCCGCGGCCCCGACUGCGACUGCUCCGGCGCCGGCCCCCGCGCGCCCCGCGCCUGCUGCCCGCAGUGCGACCCGGCGGCCUCGUGCCGCCACCAGGAGCUGCACCACGUCGUCUUCCGUUCGGGCGAGAGGUGGAUCUACCAGUGCCAGACCUGCGAGUGCCUGUACGGUGAGGUGGACUGCUGGCCCAUGGAGUGCCCGCCCACGUCCUGCGCGUCGCCGGUGCUGGCCGAGGGCGACUGCUGCCCGCGCUGCGAGGACGAUCAGGACGCGCCCUGCUCGCUGGACGGCGCCGCGGACAACGGGACGGCGGCGGGACAGGCUCCCUGUUCGCUGGCUGGACAGCAGGCCGGACAGCUGUACGAGCCUGGGGCCUCCUGGACCUGGAGCGACAAGUGCGCUGCCUGCAACUGCAAAGUUCCCUACUGCGCCCAACUGGUGAGCUCUAGCGCAGGUUGUGAUGUGCAUCGGACGGACGUCUAUGCUGCAGUCUUGAUUACGGUUGUGUUGCUGACGUUGGCCCAGCCGCUGACCGACCCGCUGCGGGGCUCCCACUGGACUCUGCCCUCGCCACCACCGCUGCCGCCAACGGCGGCACCCUCUCCGCCCCCAACAACGACACCGCCCCCUCGCCCACGCCCCCGCCCCCGGGCGCCGCGGUCUCCACUCCCGCAGGCGUCGUCGGAGCACCGCAAGCGACGCUUCGGCCGGUUAGACUCGGUGGUGCGAGCCGAGAGCAUAAGACUGAGUCCACGCGGCCCGCCCGCCCAGUCACACGGGCCGCCCCCGCCACCGUCACCGCUCCCCACGUCGACGCCGACACAACCGUCGUGGCCAGCUCCACCCCGGCGUCCUUCCCCAAGCCCACGGCCUUCCCCGUGCCCGCCCCCGCCGAGGCCGGGUAGACACGCCACCUGAUAGGGGAGGGCGUGGGCCCUGUGGCCUGUGGGCCGAGGCCUGCCCGUUCAAGGACUCUGGGAGUCUCCAGGAGAACCAGGGGCCUGACUCGAAUCAUCACUGUGUUCAGCUAGUACUUCCAUUUCCACCGGCAAGUUCAACAAAUAUUUAAUAAAAGCGACGGACCUUCCGCCCCCCUCGUUCCUUUUUAUUUAGAGGGUCAAAGAUUUUGAUAAGAGCAGUGAUCCACACGCAAUUUCUUUGGUUUGAAAGAAACACGUGAAUUUUAAUUGCAUCUCACUGAUAGUAAAAUUGAUCGAUUUCACAAAAACUUAGCAAGUUUUCAGAAACUUUGAAAUGUGUUUGAUAAUGGAUUGGGAAAAUUAUAUCAAAUAGUUAAACUGAAAAAAUCUCAAUAUCAAAAUGGAUUUCUUUGACUUUUAUUAAAAAAUCAUUUUGAUUUUCCACUUAUUGGGUAAUGUACUUAUCAAUUAUACUUAAUUCGGAGAGAAAGCUUUAAAACUAGGAUUAUCCAAUUUUAAAUUUCUUGCUUGCAACAGGUGGGGACAGUUAUAUCCUGCUCCCGUUUUGGACUGAGAGUGUUAAAAGUGAACUGACAAUACUGUAUACUAUACAAAACUGACGCUCAACAUGAUCAAUGUUUAGAUUUAAGAACAGCAGAACCUUUGUGUGGCUUGAUGCUGUGGAUAAGAGACUUACUUUGAUAUGAAAUGCAGAAUUAUUCAAGGGCAAGACAGCACAGCCAAAUUUGGUCUCUCGUAAUCCACCAACUGUCCUGUCUUCUUCGGGAUCUAUCUCUAAUUGUCACAUGUCAAAUUCAAAAGGAUUAUUGUGUUUGGUUUAACAAGUUUAUCUUGAUCAUGUGUGCAAAACUAGUCAUUCCAGUUAAGAGGAAUAUAUGAAUGUAAUAAAGACAUGUGAAUUGAUUUUAUAAAUUAUUGGGCCCUGUCUUAAGUAUUUUCAAUUCAGCUUUGUUGGUGAUGGUACAGUCUAAUGAAUCUUUUUAUAAGUCAGAAGAAUGUGCUAAUAAAAGAAAUUAUAGGGAAAAAUCAUUUGGAAACAAAAGAGUGUCUUGUGUUUCACACCAGUGAUAUGGUACCAUAAUUAGUAAUUUUAAAAUUCUACUGUACUAUAUUAAAUGCGCUAGUCACAUACAAAAAUAAGAAAAAUGGUAAAAAAUAAAAUUUGGUAAUAACUCAAUUCUUAUUGAGCAAGUUCCUACUAAGAAAUAGUUGCAGUAGCUUAAGGUACAUGUUUGGAAAUUUCUCUCUUGAUAAUGAAAUGAUGGCUGCUAUAAUUGCAUGGUAUAACAAACUAAUAUUGACAAUCACACUUUGAAAAUGUAACUAUCAUGUAAAUUUCCUUAAAUUUAUCAGUAUGCUUGUUAUUUAAAGCGUUCCUUUCCACCUUCUGUAUACAAAUUUCUACUGUUACUUCCAAUAUAUACUCAGCUUCCUAUAAAGGUUUGCCAGGGUAUCUCUUGCCCUUUUAACCACUGGGACAAAACAAGAGGCAACAAUUAAGUUUGCACAUCAAACUGAAUACGCCAAGGAGAAUUUCACACUCUGUUCAUUUAUGAAAUUUCCCAUCCAAAGUAAAGACUUUUUUGUGUAUCACCCUAUUUUUGUGUUGGCCCUGGUAGACUGUUGUUAACAUUGUGAUCAUUGAGGAUUGUACUGAUAGCACAAAUAACAUGAAGCAGGCAGUUGAAUUUGCAGCCGAGAUAAUUAUGUUCUUAUCAGAUUGAAAGGCAAUAAUGAAACAUAAAUAAUAAUCAAAUGUGAUGGGUAUGGUGCGCUAGUAUGACUAUUAUCAGUAGAGUACAAGCAUCAUGCAUGCUCUUGCUAGUCCUAUAUUAAAUUUUUCACUUGUUUCUUAUGAAAUUUACAGAUGGACUGUAAUAGUGUCACACUAUAUAGCAAUUUUUUUGUAUUGGAGAGUAAACACAGCACAUAUUUCUACAGUGUCUGGCAUAUUUCUGUGCUAAAGCGUAGCGCAUUUUAAACUGGGAGGGAGGUAUAUAAAACUAAUCAGAACUGAAACAACUAUCUAAGUUUCUGAUCACUGAAGAUCUAGGGUCCAUUCACCGAUGCAAGUCAUAAUGUAAUGUACAGCAAUGUACAUACGUAUUUUGAUACUCAUGGAAGGUUAACUUCAAAAAUAUCUGAACUAUGUCUUUGUCAAUAUGUGCAUUUAUGUGAUAAAGCAAAAUGUAUGUAUAUUCCACUGGUUAAGCUUACUCGGCUAACUUCAACAAUUUGUAACAGUAUAUCAAUGAGUGUACCCUUUUGUUGAUUUAUCUUUUGCUAGUCCCCAUAAUCUUUGCUGUGUACUGCAUCUUGUUGAUCUGUCAUAUCCUCCAAAGUGGCAUUGUUAUAUAUGAAAAUUACGCAGAUGUUCAUCUAUAAUCUUCAGAGAAAUCAGGCUCCUUAAAUACACAUGUUGAGUUAAAACAAA